UCAUUUAUAUUGGAUUUGAGUUCUAAUACUCUUCUACGUUUCUGCUAGUUAUAACGUUCAAGAUAAAAACUGGUCUUGGAUUUUGUUUGGGCUCCAGAGAGUAAAUUGUCUACAUCCACAGCUUUCCCAGGCAAUUCAGCCGUUUGCCUGAACAUUUUGGUCCACGUCGAACCGGAUCGACAAGCUGCUCUCCAGAGAUUUCAGCUGCAGAAGCUUUUGAUUCCUGUAGGUACGUUUCUCUUCUAAUAAUUUCGUCUUUUCAGUACUAAACAAGAAGUCGAAAGAUCCACAUAAAUUUAUAUAAAUUACCGUGUCGUGUUUUCACACAUAACCUGAACAAAAAUUAUAAACUUAAAGUAAUUAUAUAUCUGGAAAUUCCUGGCUAACUCCCCAAAUAUCUAAGAAGAGAGGAUCGACAACAUAGGAAUUGCUGAUUUAUCAAGAGGAAAUUCCUAACCUGUGCCAACUGCCUUAAGACAACAAGUGGAUUGUGAUUCUUUAUUUACAAUAUUACAAUGAAGGGUCCUUCGUCUUCUCGUUAUUCGGAAUUUGCCUGCAGGUUGUGCCGCAAAAAACAUCCUCUGAAAUCGUGCUGGAAAUUUCGUGCCAUGAACUCCGCAGAAAGGUUAAAUGCGGUCAAGAAAUAUGGGUACUGUAUGAACUGCCUGGCGCAUACCCAUUCACAGGGCACCUGUUUUACCACCACAGGAUGUGGAUAUUGCCACAAAAAGCACCACUCCUUGUUACAUCAACACCCAAGGUUACAAAAGGCCAAAUCAUCCUCGACGAAAAAUACCAAUAAGAUGGUUAUCCCUCUUGAUAUCACCACCCCCAAGGACUCUUCAGCCACUACCGGCUCAAUACCGAGGUCAACAUCGACAUCCAGUAUUACCUCUUUGUCGGCACUUCUUAGGCAGAAUGCCACCCCUCUUCUUCCUACUGCAGUCGUCAAAAUCAACGGAGCAAAUAGCACACAGUUGGCAAGGUGUUUAUUGGAUUCCGCGGCCCCCAUGAGCUGCAUUUCCAAACGCUUCGUAGAUAAGUUGAGGUUGUCUACGCUCGAGUUGGAAGAUGAAGUUAUGUGCCCCGUCACCUUGACAUCCUGCGUCGAUUCCAAGACAAAGAUAGAGGCUAUAUUGCGAAUGAGGAACAGGAUUGGAAUUACAACUCCUAAGCAAUCGCUGCCCGAGUCUUCAAAACUCAGUUUCAAAAACUUCGUCCUAGCAGAUAGCAAAUUCUAUAAGGCAGCUUCUGUUGAUAUCGUCAUUGGUGUUGACAUAUAUUCCAAAAUUAUUGUCGACGGCAUCUUUAUUCGCCAUGGACUUCCUACAGCUCAAAAUACCCUUUUCGGAUUAGUGCUAUAUGGAACAUUUUCAAAUUAAUACAAAUAAUUGUACUCUCUUCCACCACUUUUAUUCUGAAUUUACGAUACCUUUUUUUUAAAUACUAAUAUGCCAAUUGAAAUCGCUUGAAAAGACAUAUUGUAUUAUGAUAUAAUAAGUUAUGCAUUAAGUCAUUUAGUCAUAUGAAUUUAGUCCUAAAUGAAUUGAUUAUAUAAUUGUCAUGUCCCCUUGCCAUGGGGGGCGGAAUGUUUACGUCAAAACGUAAACCAUUUUCAUUUCCUUAAACUGUAUCUUAAAUAUGAAUAGCACCAUUGUUAUUGUACUAUCCAUUCGAACUGUUAUCGCAGUUAAGAUAAUUAUUCUAUGUUUUUCCUUUUCCCAUUUUCAUAUUUUCUUUUUAUCGGCCUUCUCUAAUGGCCAUAUUGGGAGUCUAAUUUCCGCAUCAUCUUGAAUUCUGUUCUAAUUCGACUUCUGAA